UAACCUCCUCUCCAUCUUCCCAGACGAAGGAGCGCACAAGUCAGGAAAUGAAAGUUGAGGUGUUGCUUCUUGCAGAGAAGCUAGCGGGAGGACAGGAGAUGGCAGGCAGUGAUGAAGCUAAUAAGUCAUUGGCUUCUAUGGAGGAAGAGGCGUGCGUUGAGAAGAAGUAUGGAGGGAUUGCACCCAAGAAGCCUUUGAUAUCAAAGGACCAUGAGCGCGCAUACUUUGAUUCUGCAGACUGGGUCCUUGGCAAGCAAGGUGCAAACAGCAGCAGUUCAAAGGCUGCAGUUGAGACUCUGAAGCCCAAGCUCAAGAGAACGCCUCGUCAUCAGCUCCCUCCUCGCAAGCCAACCUGCGCAUCAAGCUGAGCAGCGAGGCAUCGAAAUGCAGCGGCAGCUAGAGACCUCAAAGCAACAAGGGAACAGAUGGACUCAGAUCAGUGUUUUAGCCUGUCCUAAAUCGUAGGAAAGAAACAGUCCAGCAACUCUGCAUUGCAGCUAGCUUCUCUGGCAGUUGCAUACUUUAUGUCUAUCAGAACGGAUUAACCAUUGCUGAAUGAAAUCUCCAUUAUCUAAAAAAAGGAACGGAUUAACGAUCACUAUCAUGAACAACUCAGAUAUCACAUGGUAUAAAA